AUGCGUUUUAGGGAAGGUGAGGUAGCCCUCAACGGAGACAUUCGUGAAAUGUUCCCGCAAACAAAAAUUAGGGCACAAGAUAGAGAUGCACAACGUUUUCUCUGGCGAGACGAUCCUUCUCUACCUAUAGCAGAAUAUAGAAUGUCUUCCAUGAUCUUCGGCGCCACCUCCAGUCCGUGCACCGCCAUUUUUCUAAAAAAUAAAAAUGCUUUAGAGCACCAGACUAAGUUUCCCGAAGCAGCAGAGGCUAUUGUUAGAGACCAUUACAUGGACGACUACCUUGGAAGUGUAGACAGCCCAGAACUCGCCGCUCGAUUAGUUGCAGAUAUCGUUACCGUGCAUAAAGCAGCCUGUUUAGAGAUGUGCUCAUGGGUAUCCAACAACCCCAAAGCGCUUACAACAAUAAGUCCUGACUUGUGGGCUGCCGACACAUCCGAGGUAGGUCUCGGACCGACAUCUCCUUCGCAAGUUAGAAUUUUAGGGGUGGCCUGGAACAUCAAGGAAGAUACUCUUAAUUUUAGAAAGUCCACAGAACUGCCUACCAGUGUGACAAAAAGAGUAGUCUUGUCCCAUCUCAUGAAGGUUUACGAUCCUCUUGGAUUUUUGAUGCCACUAACCAUCGCCGGUCGCAUCUUAUUUCAGGAAACAUGGAGAAUGGGUAUUGACUGGGACGAGGAGUUGCCCGCCUCUGCUAAGGCAAAGUGGCAGACUUGGUUCGCCGGUAUAGCAGAAGUCUCGGCCAAAAUUAAAAUACCACGCUGUUACCGAACCAGAUUUGCUGCGGAAUGCCAGCUCCACGUCCUAGCCGACUCAAGUGAAUCCGCUUACGCUUGUGUGGCGUUUUGGCGUUUUGUCCACCAGGACCAAUCUGUUCAUUUGGCUCUUAUAGGUGGAAAAGCGCGCCUAGCCCCUUUAAAGCCUGUGUCUAUCCCACGGCUCGAGUUACAGGCGGCUCUCAUGGCUUCUCGAUUCGCAACUUACAUCCUGGAGGCACACCGUCUUGUUGCUUCUAGAGUUUUCUUUUGGACGGAUUCCCUAACAGUUUUAAAGUGGUUGCGUAGCGAUGCCCGCACGUUUAAGCCGUUUGUUGCUCACCGUGUAGGAGAAAUAUUAGAGACUACAAACGUUGCCAAUUGGCGUUAUGUUCCAUCGGCCUUAAAUGUAGCAGAUGAUGCUACACGCGGUCUAUACUCUCUUUCCUCUUCCUCUCGAUGGUAUACUGGCCCAGAUUUUCUUUUGUCUCCACCAGACGAAUGGCCUCGCGAGCCUGCGGUCAUUGCUCCACUAGUAAUUGAGGAACUAAAACCCGAACACGCGUUAACAUUUUUGCUAACCGAACAUCCGGAAAUGCCAUCUCCGAUCGUAGCGAAUCACGAUCAUUUCGGUCGUUGGGUUCGGUUGGUUAGAGCAACCGCUCGUGCACAUCAUUGUGCUAAAAUAUUUCGGUCGCUUUUGAAAAAACCUCCAAAUUCAAAAUUAAAGAGUGCUGCCUCCAAGGUCUCCUUCAAAGUUUUGAAACCUCUUUCGGCCGCAGAAAUCUUGGAGGCCGAGAGGCACCUAUUUUUAUAUACUCAAUUGGAAUCAUUUAAACACGAAUUCUUGAGGCUUACCGCGGGUCUUCCCCCAACUAAUCAAGGGAGGCUUAGAGGUCUUGUGUUGAUGUUGGGAGAAGACGGUUUAAUCCGUUUAAAUGGAAGAAUUCGUGCUGUAUUAGAUGCACCCGCGCAGGACAUUAACCCUAUUGUUUUAGACGGUAAACAUCCAAUUAUAAAACUCCUUCUCGAUCACUAUCAUCGGAAAUUUGGUCAUGGUAAUAUCGAGACCGUCGUUAACUUCCUGCGCGGCAAAUUUUAUAUAAUAGCUUUACGCCCAAGUGUCAGGUCUGUUGCCAAACAAUGCAGUUUCUGUAGGAUUAGGAAGCUUCUCCCAUCUACGCCUCAAUUUGGUGAUCUUCCUGAAGAUAGGUUAUCCCAUCAUCAGCGCGCGUUUUCCUUCUGCGGUCUUGAUUACUUCGGUCCAGUUGAAGUUGCCGUUGGGCGCAGACGAGAAAAACGCUGGGUAGCUCUAUUCACAUGCCUUACCAUCAGAGCCGUUCAUUUGGAGAUCGUAGGAAGCCUUUCCGCAGAUGCUGCUAUCAUGGCCCUAAGAAGAUUUAUUGCUCGUAGAGGAUGUCCAGCGAGAAUCAUCUCAGAUAACGGCACGGCUUUUGUCGGCGCAGCCAACCAACUCACAGACGUUUUCGACUUCGCGGCCAACCAUAAAAUAGAGUGGGUCUUCAUUUGUCCAGCGGCACCAUCAAUGGGAGGUGCGUGGGAACGCUUAGUGCGAUCAAUAAAGUCUGCGCUUUCCGUAACCCUGAAAGAACAAGCUCCAAGAGAGGAAGUAUUGAGUACCCUACUUCUGGAAGCGGAAGCAGUAGUCAAUUCUCGCCCGCUGACACACGUACCAGUAGAGCCGGAGACACUACAGGCCCUCACACCCUUCCAUUUUUUAUUGGGCACACCAUCAACCGAGUUGGUCCGUCCCCGCACCGAUGCAGAUCUUUGCCGUCGCUUAGACCACAGGAAGGUACUGCGGUUAGCGGAGCUGUUUUGGGCCAGAUGGCUUCAUGAAUACCUACCCACGUUGAUUCCACGAAAGGCCGGAUCGACGCAAGCCAAAUUCAAAGUGGGAGAUCCAGUUCUGGUGGCGGAUCCAAAUCUUCCGCGAGGAACCUGGCCCAAAGGCCGUAUUUCUAAGAUAUUCACCGGUCCUGACGGAGUGGUCAGGGUGGUGGAGAUCCGGGGAAGCAUGGGGAUCUUGAAAAGACCAGUGCGCAAAGUGUUGCCCUUACUCCUAGAGCAGGGCACCCAAGAAAACUGCGCACAGUCGCCACUAUAG